ACCAAAUUAGGACAAGCCGAAGCGGAGGAGCCCUUCGUUUCUUCCGAACAUCCCAGGGAGUUUCACAGGGUCCCCUAUCUCGGGCCAUGAGUGAGUUGAAGGACUGCCCCUUGCAGUUCCAUGACUUCAAGUCUGUGGACCACCUGAAGGUCUGUCCCCGCUACACGGCAGUGCUGGCCCGCUCCGAGGAUGAUGGCAUUGGCAUUGAGGAGCUGGACACCCUGCAGCUGGAGCUUGAGACCCUGCUCUCCUCUGCCAGCCGGCGUCUGCGUGUGCUCGAGGCUGAAACCCAGAUCCUCACUGACUGGCAGGAUAAGAAAGGUGACCGACGAUUCCUGAAGCUGGGUCGAGACCAUGAGCUUGGAGCACCCCCCAAACAUGGGAAGCCCAAGAAGCAGAAGCUAGAAGGAAAGGCGGGACAUGGGCCGGGCCCUGGCCCAGGGCGGCCCAAAUCCAAAAACCUUCAGCCCAAGAUUCAGGAAUAUGAAUUCACUGAUGACCCCAUCGAUGUGCCACGGAUCCCCAAGAAUGAUGCCCCCAACAGGUUCUGGGCUUCAGUGGAGCCCUACUGUGCUGACAUCACCAGUGAGGAGGUACGCACACUCGAGGAGCUACUGAAGCCCCCAGAAGACGAGGCUGAACAUUACAAGAUCCCACCCCUGGGGAAGCACUACUCCCAGCGCUGGGCCCAGGAGGACCUGCUGGAGGAGCAGAAGGAUGGGGCCCGGGCAGCGGCCGUGGCUGACAAGAAAAAAGGCCUCAUGGGGCCGCUGACCGAACUGGACACUAAAGAUGUGGAUGCCCUGCUGAAAAAGUCUGAGGCCCAGCACGAGCAGCCAGAAGAUGGGUGCCCCUUUGGUGCCCUGACGCAGCGCCUCCUGCAGGCCCUGGUGGAGGAAAAUAUUAUUUCCCCUAUGGAGGACUCUCCUAUUCCUGACAUGUCUGGGAAAGAAUCGGGAGCUGAUGGGGCAAGCACCUCUCCCCGCAAUCAGAACAAGCCAUUCAGUGUGCCGCAUACUAAGUCUCUGGAGAGUCGCAUCAAAGAGGAGCUGAUUGCACAGGGCCUUUUGGAGUCUGAGGACCGCCCCGCAGAGGACUCAGAGGAUGAAGUCCUUGCUGAGCUGCGCAAACGGCAGGCCGAGCUGAAGGCACUUAGUGCCCACAACCGCACCAAGAAGCACGACCUGCUGAGGCUGGCAAAGGAGGAGGUGAGCCGGCAGGAGUUGAGGCAGCGGGUCCGCAUGGCAGACAAUGAGGUCAUGGAUGCCUUUCGCAAGAUCAUGGCUGCUCGACAGAAGAAGCGGACUCCCACCAAGAAGGAAAAAGACCAGGCCUGGAAGACUCUGAAGGAGCGUGAAAGCAUCCUGAAGCUGCUGGAUGGGUAGCCUUCACCCCUGUCUCUGGCAUGGGGUGGGGGGGAGCGGAGGUGGAAGGGAGAAGCCCACUUCCUUCUUUAAGCACCAGAAGCAUUGGUCUGUGGCUGCCCAUCAAAUGGCAACAGACUAAGGCCCUUCCCCUGAGGUCUUUUGGUCUAGCCCUGUACAUCUAGGACACAGGAAACUCUGUAGGGCUGACCUGGGGCCCGGUUUCUUCUUGGUCCCCAAGAUGAGGGAGGCCUUUGUUUCUGGGUCUUCCUCUUCCCCCUCUUUACCACCCUCCAUUCCUCAUCCCCCCCUCCUUCUCCCCACUCAAGGACUUCUCUCUUGGGGUUUUAUAAAGUGCAAACUUAAGAAUAAAGUGACUGCUGUGGUUUUUCAAAAAAUGCA